AUGUAUCUGUGGAAGACUGGGAGCACCGAAGUCAACGCCGCUCUGGGGCAGUACUCAGGGGAUAGCUCCAUCUUCGGCGCCAUAAGGAAUACCAGACUCAGAGGUGCUGAACCUGCUUCUGCCUCCUCACUGGACGUUGAAUUGUGUGCUGUUUUAUACCUGUUCAUGGCCCGAAUGGAUUCUGACCGUAAAUAUCGAGCCAAACGUGCGAAAGGCAGUCGUCCAAGUCAUUCAUUCUGUAAAAGCACCAUUACAAUGAACUCCUUGAGGGUGGAGGCUCAUGGUCAGCCCCGUGUGCUCAGUGGACAAAUGAACAUUCGGUAUGAUUGCAGUUGCUUUGUCAAGGGAUUAAAAAUGUUUCAGCAAGUGAUGCAACUUGAGGGUCAGAGCAGGAUUCAGGAGAUGAAGAGGAAUGAAGGUGUUGUGAAAUGCAAAAUGCAGUUAACUUUUGGAACGCAUUCUUCGUUGGUGAAAGGUGGAGAGGGCGAAAGCAUCCUGGAAGUGAUUUUUCAAAGUAUAUUUGGGGGUUCUUUCCCUUGA